AUGUCUCUGAGACAAAGAGUGCCCUUCAAAUUCUCUGACGACGGAACCGAGGAUGACCAUAUCCUGGACGAACAAGAGCAGGAGGAGCUCAUAGAGAAACUUCGCCAACAAAGUGACGCAGCGACAAGGCAAUACACGGCUCUAGUCCAAAUCGUCAUUGCGCUAUCGUGUUUACUACAUAUCAUCUACCUGAUAAAGCGAGAUAAAGAGUCGCCGCUCUACGCUCUCCUUUCCUACGACAGCCCAAGCGAAGCAAUCCCGCUAUCCACAUUGUUCGCUACGCUGCACAUUCUUCUUCAUCUCAACCUCGGCCUGCUACUGCUUCCUUCCGCGCAUUCUGCUAUUCGCUUCCUAUCAUCACUGCCACCAUCACUUGGCCGCUUUACACCGCUUCCAGUUCCAGUCCCUCAUGCGAUCACAUUAAUUACUCCUGCCCUGGCGCCCGUACUGGCUCUGCUGCUGAUGCGGGAGUGGCCCGAAAUUGUCUGGUGGAGCAUUACAGGCGGCUUAACGUGGUUUGUGUACAAUGUUCGCCGAUGGGUGAUAGAGAAUGAAGAGGAAAUCCGCGAACUGGAGGUUGCUCAGGACACACGUUUCUUGGCGGGAAUUUACGAUAUUCCAGAAGAGCGACAAAACUGA